AUGGUCGUUUCAGCGCCCCACAUUCUACAGAAUUGGUGGCAAAAUAUUCGCAGGAUACACGGGGUAGAGAUUCAAGGGCAUUUAGGAGCAUUAUUGUCGCUUCUGGGGACACAAUGCAAUAAAGUCUUUGUCACUCAGCUAAUGGGGUUUUGGGAACCGAGUACCGUAACUUUUAAAUUCCUGGAUUUUGAGAUCACUCCCAUACUAGAGGAGAUCAGUAGUCUUAUCGAACUGCCGAUUAGAGGGAGGCUGCCGGUGAUCCCCUCAACUAUUUGUACAGGUGACUUCCUAAGUCUCUUGGAUCUGCACAUAUUUCGGUCAUUGAGAUAUGUGGACGGCGGGCACGUCGAGUUGGACUAUCUCUUUCAGAGGUUUGGGCAUUUAGAAGGUUACUAUGAAUAUCAGCGUGAAUUUGAAUGCACUCGCGGAGCAUGGGAGCAUAUGAGGUCAAGAGUAUUCGUUAUGGAUUUUUUAGGAGUUAUGGUGCUCCCGAUAAGGUCCAAUUCUAUCGACAUCAACAUAUUACCGAUGGUUGUAAGUAUUUUCAACGAUCCACAAAGAUUUACUUUGGUGCCUAUGAUCCUCGCCGAAGUUCUUCGUUCAAUGACAGCCUGCAUUAAGGGACACAAUUUCUUCGGAGGAUGCAGUAUAUUACUACAGAUUUGGGCAAGAGAACAUUUCUAUCGACGUGAUUCCCAAAUGGAUUACUACAUAGGUGCUCCUAACAAGAUCGAAAGCCACGAAGAUCGUCUCCAAAAUUGGGUGGGUGCGCCGAUAGGAAGGGAAGAAUGGCGCACAUUUUUGAACAACGUCAUGGGAGACACCAUCCAAUGGAAGUUCUCUUGGGUAACAGAAUUGGCGUUUGCAAGGACUCGGUACUUUUUCUUUAUCGAGUUAAUCGGGCUCAGAGGCAUCCAACCAUAUGCACCUCUUCGGGUUAUGCGGCAGUUUGGAGUUAUCCAAGACAUUCCGCUAUAG